UCUCCACUCUUCUAAAAGGCUUGACUGUUCAGGUGUGGUGACUUUGCCGAAAGAGCAAGGCCCUUGGGUAUUUGAGACCAUGUCUGAUGGAGAGCUUCUAACUACAUCAGUCCCCUUCAAACGAGGCUGUAAAGUCAGAGCAAGUCUACCUGUAUCACGUUCCAGCUGUCAAACAAGCGAGAUGCCACCAGGUGUGCUUUACCUGCAGUAUGGGGGGGAGACAAAGAAGGUCGUGAUUUCAACUGAGAUCAGCAGUGAGGACUCCCUGCGGUCUCUGUUUGUCACUGCCUUUCCCCAUCAGCUUACCAUGAAGAUGCUGCUGCCUCCAAACAUGGCCGUCUGCAUCAAGGACACCAAUCGUAAUGUGUACCAUAACUUAGAAGACCUCAGAGACAUAACACCAUAUUCCUGUCUAAAAGCAUAUCAUAGAAAUCCAGGACAUGUGUUCAGCCUCCAUGCCAGGCCUGCCAACUCUGAAGGAAAGCAGAUUUUCAAAGAGCUGCUCUAUGGCAAUCACAGUCCAAUCCACAGCAAGCCUUCAUCUGGCCGCAACACCCUGCACAGUUUGCAGGGAUCAAUGUCCCCACCUAUGGUCCGAUCCAUGCCCUCCUCGCCUUCCAGAGUGGCCUACGUUGGAGGUGGCGCCCAUGGAAAGAAAGGAAUCGUAGACCCAGGCAGUGCCCCAAUGCCACAUCAAUGCCAGCCAGGGAGGGGACGAUCCAGCACUGUGUUCUCCAGCAGUAGUGCCAUACUGGAGAGAAGAGAUGUCAAACCUGAUGGAGACAUUGAUACAAGCACAGCCUUGGUGCUAUGUGGAGAUGGAGGAUCACAUUACCCUGAGUGCUACCGUUCCGCAUCAGUGGAUGUAAGAGGAGGUCGCCACAAUAUAGCCUCCUAUUGUAGCAGUCCCCCUGUGAUCACUCGUGGCUCAGUGGACGUGGGGGUCUUUGGGAUCCCAGUUGGGCUGCAGCAGUAUCGAGCCUCCAUCAAACCCCUGAUGGGCUACGGGGAAAGCAUGGAACGCCAUACCAACCCUGUUCACAGGCAAAAGAGCAGGAAGUAUGGAAACAAUCACAUUCAUCCACUAGGAAUCAACAGCCCACCUCCUUCUCCUCACAGAAGAAAUGAAGUCAGGAUGUUCAAUGAACAGGUGAUUAGAGGUCCAAGCCAAGAUCACAACAGCAGUGGGCUCAGAGUGGAGGUAAUCGGCAAAAGAGGCUCAUCAUCUUCCACCUCAUCAGUAUUUUGUGACAGUCCUCUGGAACAACCUGAAACACUGUUUACGGCCCAUAUGACAGCCUGUAAUACCCAAAGUGAGAGAAUGAAAGCCAUGGAGGAGCAGAUAGCCAGUUUAGCAGGACUGGUGCACCAUGCUCUGUCCAUGGGAUCAGAUGUUGUUGGACCAAAGGAAGCUAUCAGUCAGAAUGCAGAACACAAACUCGCCAAUAAUGAGGCAGUAUUUGACUCAGAGAUUCCUGAUGCUUUGACUGAAAGCGUCAGCUCCACCCCUCUUGCCCUCCAGGCCCCUUCCUUUAAUGGCCGGCUGCGACAGAAUUUGAUGUUUGUGAAGAGAGAUAUUUGUGAACUGCGACUGCAGCUUUGCCAACUUAAGUGUUUACAGCUAUCCAACCUGGAAAGUGUGAGUUCGAUGCUGCGUAUGGUAAGUCCCAAGCUGGUGAUGUUGAUGUGUGAGAAGCUGGCCCAAUCAGAGGAUGCAGAGUACAGACAGAGAGCUGAGAUGGAGGAGGACCGAAUCCACUAUCUCUCCUCUGAGAAGAAAAUCCUUACACAGCUCAGCGAACUGGAGGACUAUGCAGAGUGUUUGGAAAGCUCUUCUUCUCUUCCCGGUCAGCCAUCCUUCACUCUCAGAGAUGUGGAAGAGGGAGCAGUGAGCCUUCAAAGGCUUGGAGAGGCUCUGGCUGUCCUUAAAGGAGAGUUCCCACUACUGCAGGCAAAAAUGCGCUCAGUGCUGAGGCUGGAAGUGGAGGCAGUGCGCUUUCUGAAAGAAGAGCCUCACAAGAUGGACUCCAUGUUGACAAGGGUCAAAGCCCUGACUGAAACUCUUAGUUCUCUCCACAGAUGUGUGUCGGAUUCUACGCCCUCAACCAGAUUCGCACAAGUGGAGCCUCUAAAAAUCCAAAACCAGGGAAAAGCAACAACUCAGAGCCCACAAAGUUCACCCAAACUACAGCCUCGGUACCCAGUCAAAGACUCCCUUCUUACCCCGCUUCCCUCUAUGAGCCAGGCUGAAGUCAGUUCAGUUGCCUCAGCUUCCCCCAUCAUUGCCUGCAAAACGAAGAGGACAGCAACCUUCAAUCACCACAACAGCUUUCCAACAAUCAGUCAUGGACUAGACUCACCCACUGUGGCCAAGAAUACACAGAGACAAUCUCCAGAGGGCAGUCUACUUGUAGAGAUCAAGAGCAUAAACCAGUCUUGGACCAGCAGAGACUCCCAGCUCACGAGUAAUGAUCACAGUGACACCAAGUCAAUACAUAUUGCCACAGAUUCUGUCUGGGUUCUCCAGGAGACGCCACACAUUGCAUCAAAGUCCACUGUCAACAUCUCAGAGAACAAGGAAGUUUGCUGUGACUCUGCCUCAGGAAAGAAAUCUCUUAAGGAAUCGCCAUCAAAGCAAUACACACCUGUAGAGCUGACUAAUCAAGCAGAGCAGGAAGCAGAGAUUUCUGACACCCAGAAAAACACAGCUCCAAAGCGAAGUGAUGAUGGGGACUGCAGUGAGAAAAGAAGUACAAACACAGCUCCUGCCGCCAUUGCUAAUCCACCUCCAGCAGCCUAUCCACGUACAGGGAGCAGCAGAUGGCCACAGCUGGAGAAACCUCGCCGCUCCAGUGACAAAAGGCAGGGCAGCAAGUCCCUUCCUCCCCCACAGAACCUCCAUGGCAUCUCUUCAGUUAGGUCAGGAGAACCAGUCAUCACCACCUACAAAGAGACUGAUGGAAUUCAGAGCUCCAGCAUCUCUGCUCAGAUACCCCGCAGUAAUUUACUGCGUGCUUCAGCUGAGGAAGGAACGGAAGUUCUGCAGCAGCCCAACAAAAACAGCAACAUCGUGUCCCCGCUUCAUGCUAACAUAGGAAGAGGUCUCUAGGCAGGAAGGACCAUCACUGCCCUGUCAUCACUACAGCUACGAAUUUAUUCUACUCAUCAGCUCCUCCUUGCCCAUCCCUCUUCUUCUUCUCCAUCACAGUAGGAUCUGGAUGUUUUUGUUGGACUUCUGCACUUCUGGACAUGGUCUACAAAGGACAUGUUGUGGAAGUACUGUGCAACUAUUUGGAGAUUAAAUGGUAAAGAGUUUGUACUUUUUUAGCUCUUUAUCAAGUCCGAGGACCCCAAAGCACUUUAAACUACAAUCAGUCAUCCACCCAUUCAUACACACAUUCACACACUGACAGUAGUGAGCUACACUGUAGCCACAGCUGCCCUGUGGCACACUGGCAGAAGUGAGGCUGUCAUAUAAUCAGUGCCACUGGGCCCUCUGACCACCAUCAGCUGGCAAGGUGGGUGAAGUGUCUUGCCCCAAGGACACAACAACUGGACAGACAGAGCAGAGGGUUCAAACCCUUUGCCAUGGUUGCCUCAUAAAAACACAGUAUACAAUAAAAUGAGAGGACUAAUAAGCACACUGUAUUCCUACAGCAAUAUUGUGGUGUGUGUGCAGGUAUUUAUGAAUGAAGUGUUUCUAAGACAGGAAAAACUAAAGGUUUGCUGUGGGCUUGUAAAGGUUUAGCUAAUAUCAGCUAACUCCUGUGUGGUCCUAAACCUUACUAUGGAACUGUCUGUGGUCAUUAACACUAAAACAGUGACUGAAUUCAGCCAACACAAGGUUUAUUGUCUUUGUAAAACAUCCUCUGAAUUUUUAUCAUGUCAUUAGGAAUACAGUGGCUUGUAAAAGUAUUCAUACCCCUUGAACGUUUCCACAUAUUAUCAAAUUAUACCCACAAACAUAAAUAAUAAAUAUAUUUUUUGGGAACUGUAUGUGAAAG